CGCAAGUCAGAGGAGUUCAUCACAACAGUUCUGUGGGAGAAAUGGAUCUACAAAUAUAAUUUGCACUGUGAAUGGUGAAUGACAAUGUUGUCUGUUAAAGAGCUGCUUGUGGACUCUCUAAGGGAACUGGUAGAAGCUGAUCUGAAGGAGUUUCAGUGGCGCUUGAAGAAUGAUCAUAACUGCAUAUCAAAUUCUGAAAUGGAGAAUGCAGAUAGGUUAAAAACAGUGGAUAUGAUGGUGGCAUGUUUUGGAUCAGAAGAGGCUGUGAAGAUCAUGGUGGACAUCCUGAGGAAGAUGAAGCAGAAUGAUCUGGCUGAGCAGAUGGAGAACAAACACAAGCCAGAGAGUGAUCCUCUUUCUCUCACUCUCACAGCCCAGGCUGAGGGCAGUAUGAAGACAUCUGCCUCUGUUGGAGCUGAUUUAAAACAGAGCUGGGAGCUUCGAAACUUCUUGGAAAUGCACAAAACCAACAUGAAGAAGAAAUCAGAACAUAUUUUUGAGGGUAACAAAGAAAAUGAAGCACAUCUCAAGGAUGUUUACACAGAACUGUUCAUCACAGAGGGAGAUAUGAAAGACGUCAAUCAGGAACAUGAGAUUCUGAAAAUUAAUGAUGCCUUUAAGAGCAAAAAAACACAGUACAUACAAAUCAAAUGCAAUGAUAUUUUUACUGAACUGAGGAAAAAACAUUUUAAAAAGACUGUUUUGACUAAGGGCAUCGCUGGCAUUGGAAAAACUGUUGCUGUGCACAAGUUCAUCUUGGACUGGGCAGAUGGAAAAGCCAAUCAGGAUAUAGACUGUGUGUUCCUGCUUCCAUUCCGAGAGAUUAACUUCAUGAAAAAUGAAGAUUUCAGUCUCCAUGAGCUUCUGCUGGAAUUUUAUCCUGAACUGAAGGACCUGGAGAAAUCAAAAUUAUAUACAGAAUGUAUUCUAGCAUUUAUUUUUGAUGGACUUGAUGAGAGUCACCUGUAUUUGAAUUUUAAAAGUAGAUCAAUAAAUGUUGCUGAAAAAAGAUCAUCUGUAGAUGUGCUGUUUACAAAUCUGGUCAAAGGGAAUUUGCUUCAAAAAGCUCUGGUCUGGGUGACCUCACGACCAGCUGCAGCAAAUCAGAUUCCUCGUCGGUAUGUGGGUUUGUUCACAGAAGUGCGAGGAUUCACUGAACAACAAAAGGAGGAGUACUUCAGAAAGACAAUCAAAGAUGAGACUAUGGCCUCCAGAAUCAUCUCGCACAUUAAGACGUCUCGUAGUCUCUACAUCAUGUGCCACAUUCCUGUGUUCUGCUGGAUCACAGCCACAGUUCUUCAGAAUAUUCUCAUCCAGAACAGUGAAGAGAACAUCAGCACAACACUCACUGAAAUGUACAUCCACUUUCUGCUGAUACAGAUUAACAUUAAGAACCAGAAGUAUGAUGAACAAGAAGAAAGAGAAUAUACAAAGCUCUUAGAUUCCAAUAGAGAAAUGAUUUUGAAUUUGGCCAAGCUAGCAUUUGAACAGCUGAAACAGGAAAACAUUGUGUUUUAUGAAAAAGAUCUGAAAGCAUGUGGUAUUGAUGUGAGUGAAGGUACUGAGUUCACAGGAAUGAUUGCUGAGAUCUUUAAGAGGGAACACGGACUUCAUGAAGCAAAAGUUUUCUGCUUUGUGCAUUUAAGUAUUCAAGAGUUUCUUGCUGCUGUGCAUGUGUUCCUCUGCUACCUGAAGAAGAAAAUAGAGGAGCUUUGUUUUUUCUUUGAUGAGUCAGAAGAAAAUAUCACAUUGCAAAAGUUACUGCAGAAGGCUGUUAAUAAAGCCACGGAGAGUCAGAGAGGACAUCUGGACCUGUUUCUGCGGUUUCUAAUGGGCAUCUCACUGGAAUCUAGUCAAACCUUGCUCCAAGGCCUACUCUCACACACUGAAGACACCACAGAGAGCAUCAGACAAACAACCAUAUACAUUAAACAAGUACAAGACAAGAAUAUCUCAGAUGAAGCUUUAGUCAACCUGUUUUACUGCUUACUUGAGCUCAAGGAUCAUUCAUUAUAUGAACAAAUACAGAGACAUCUCAGUACAGAUCCAGGACAUCCAGGACUUUCAUCUUCAAUGUGCACAGUGCUGACCUAUGUAUUACUGAUAUCAGAGAAGGUUCUGGAAGAGUUCAACCCAAAGAGGUUUACAUCAUCAUCUUCAGACUACAAGAGACUUGUUCCAGCUGUGAGAUGCUGCAGAAAAGCCAUAUUUGACAGCUGUGGUCUUAAUGAAACAUGCUGUGAAACUGUAUCUUCAGCUCUCCUAACAUCAAACUCUCAUCUGAGAGAGCUGAACCUGAGUAAUAAUCACCUGCAAGAUUCAGGAGUGACGCUGCUCUGUGCUGGAAUGAAGAGUCCAAAAUGUCAACUGAACAUACUGAGGCUAUGUGGGUGUAAUGUCACUGCUCAAGCUUGUGAGAGUUUGUCUUCAGCUCUACAAUCAUCAAAAUCUGUCCUGAGAGAGCUGGACCUGAGUAACAAUGACUUAAAAGAUUCUGGAGUGCAGCUGCUUUCUGAUGUACUGAAGAGUCCAAACUGUCAGCUGAAGAUACUGAGACUGGCCUUAUGUAAUCUCACUGCUCAUUCUUGUGAGAGUUUGUCAUCAGUUUUACAAUCUUCAAACUCUGUUCUGAGAGAGCUGGACCUGACUAACAAUGACCUGCAGGAUUUAGGAGUGAAGCUGCUUUCUGAUGGACUAAAGAGCCCAAACUGUCAGCUGGAGAUACUGAGGUUGUCUGGCUGUAUGGUGACAGAAGAAGGCUGUUGUUAUCUCUCUUUAGCUCUGAGUUUAAACCCCUCACACCUGAGAGAGCUGGAUCUGAGCUACAAUCACCCAGAAGAUUCAGGAGUCAAACUACUCUCUGAAAAACUGGAGGAUCCAAACUGCUCAGUAGACAAACUCAAUGUGGGUCAUCGAGGAGAGUCCAGGAUUACAACAGGACUACAGAAAUAUGCCUGUUUUCUCACACUGGAUCCAAACACAGCAAACAAGCGUCUCAUUCUGUCUGAGGAGAACAGAGAGGCAAAAUGUGUCGAAGAGUAUCAGUCAUAUCCUGAUCAUCCAGAGAGAUUUGAUUAUUGGGAGCAGGUGCUGUGUAAAGAGAGUGUGUGUGGACGCUGUUACUGGGAGAUUGAGUGGAGUGGACGUGUGUGUAUAUCAGUGUCAUAUAAGAGCAUCAGCAGGAAGGGAUGGGGUAAUCAGUGUUGGUUUGGAGGUAAAGAUGAGUCCUGGAGUUUGUCCUGCUUUCCUUCCAGAUGCACAUUUUGGCACAAUAACAUGCAGACUAAUCUCCCUGUGAAGUCCGUCAGCAGUAGAAUAGGAGUGUAUGUAGAUCACAGUGCAGGAACUCUGUCCUUCUACAGCGUCUCUGACACAAUGAGCCUCAUCCACACAGUCCAGACCACAUUCACUCAGCACCUCUAUCCUGGGUUUAGGGUUUAUGGAUCAGUGAAACUGUAUAUACAGAACAGAUUUUAAAGAAAUUAUCUUAGUUUUAGGCUUAGAUUAGUUUAGUUGCCUCACAUGAUCCAAGUUAGCCGUUAUGCUUUUUGUAAUGGUAAGUACUACCAAUAUUAAGUCUCUUCUUUUCUCUUCAUGACAUCAAUACUGCAUCUGAACUGCUGUGAGUGAAUAUAUAUGACCAUAUUAGCCCGAAGGACCCUUUUAUGAUGAAAUGGUUUGUUGUGUAAGAGUUUAGCGUUUUUUUUUUUUUGUUUGUUUGUUUUUCAAUUCAGUAACCGUGAAAGCCAAGUAUAUAUGUGUAAACAAAAAAAAAAAAAAAAAACCUUUUAGUCAGCAGCGACGUUGCAGAAAUAGAAACCAUUUCUAAAAUAGAAACAUUGUGUGUCGCCUUUGCAGCUGGUUAGGACAAAAAGUCUCAUUUAACAUGGAAAAAAAGAGUGUUUAUUGUGUGUUGUGGCAUUGUGUUCAUGUGUUGUUUCUGUGUGCAGUGUGUAAAAUAAAAUAAACGCGCACACACGUUUCGACUAUCAGUCAACUAUAGGUAAGACUUGAUGAAUCUCAUUCGAUUAUGUAAAUCUAUAGUGUUUAGGGAUUACCUAAUAUAUAUUUUAUGUAAAUACCAGUGGUUGCAUUUG